UAACCCGUGAAAUUAUUGAGAGACCUUUUCAAAUCCUUGAAAUGCAGAACUAUUUUUGUCUGUAUUGUUGAACAUCUUAUUUCCUUUCCAAAUUCAACAGUCAACAUGGCUCCAAGCGAUUUAUUGCGAAAUGACACUGUCAAAGUGGAAGUAAGAGUGAAUAUUUUAAACUUAUCUCCAUUGAAUUUCCUCUCUAGUUUCUGUGAAUCAUAUCCUCAAACGAAGUUUUAAGAUCUCAAAUCGUGCUUGUGAAUAGGGGUGUGCAUAUCACCUCAGUUUUACCAUCUUUUGUCCCUGUAUAGUUGCAUCACACCACUAGAGAAAGAAUGUGAUUAGUAAUGAUAGUUUUUAUACAUCAGUGAUUAUAAAACCAUGGCCCUGAGCCCAAUAAUUCUAAUUAGAGGUUUGACAUUCUUGUCUCAAUCUUCCAAGUGUCAGGGUCCAUAACCCUCCGUUUACAAUGGAAGAGAGGAGGGUUGCCGAUUAUUUUGUCGUUGCGGGGUUACCAGAAGACUGUCAACUUCUCAAAGAUGAAGAAACAACAGCCCACUUAAAACCCAGCCACAAUCAGGCACCCAUCACAGACGUAGCAGUUAUAUUUCCGAGCCUUGGAGAAACAGUACCUGAUGGAUUCACGGUGAUCGAGACUACACCCACAGGGUUGUCUGCUGAUCUAAACCAUGGAAGUAUACGAAGUCCAGAAGUAUUUUUAUGUUAUCGAAGAGGAAGAGACAAACCACCCUUGAUUGAUAUUGGUGUUAUGUACGAUGGCAAAGAAAGAAUCCUAGCAGACUCAGAAAUAGUUAAGGAAACCCCUACAGGGUACGUAGCUAAUGUAAACAAUUCAACUGCCAGAACUUUUGUUACCUUUCGUCGAGCUCAGCCAACAAUGCCUUGUAAUGCACUAGUUGUGACUGAUAUUUGUGUUGUCAUUACAAGUAAAGGCGAAGAUCCCCCUCAUGCUUUCAACCUCAUUCAGAAGAAUUUAAACAAAGGUCUUGUAGGUUCUGAUGUCUAUCUUUGCUACAAAAAGUCAAUGAAUCGCACCAACCUAAUAACAUAUACUCCAGGCAUUGUAGAUCGUUAUCCAGAGACAGACCAAGGCUAUUUCAUGCUGCCACCAUCUGUACCUUUGUUUUGCCUCCCUAUGGGGGCAACUCUUGAAGCGUGGCCGACAACUGCUCAAGAACCACUCCCUGUUUUUUCUACGUUUGUCUUGACGGUCUCAGAUGGAGUAGAUAAAGUGUAUGGCUCUGCCAUCACUUUUUAUGAAAAGUAUCCAGAAGAUAAAGUUACCGAAGAACAACGAGAACUACUUAAUUUAAAAUCCAAGACCAGUGUUACUUUUCAUGUCAAUAAGUGUAUUUGCCUUCUGUCCCAUUGGCCAUUUUUUGAUACGUUCGAAAAAUUUCUGCUAUUUCUCCACGGAAUGGUGAAAAAUUCUGAGCCACAUUCAGUCCCAAUUGAGAGGUACAUUACUCAUCUGCUUGAAGAUGUUCCAUUCCCUUCAAUUCAUCGCCCAAGAAUUCUGGUUCAACUCUCAUCACAUGAUAGACUGAUUCUGACGCAGCCUGAAGACCUGCCAUUACCAAGAAGUGGUGCUGGCUUCCGUCAAUUGUUGUUCAACUUAGGACCUGAUAACUGUAUGCUAGUACUCGUCUGUGCCUUAACUGAACAAAAGCUCCUCAUUCAUUCUCUCCGUCCAGACGUUUUAACAGCAGUUGCUGAAGCUGUUUCCAUGAUCAUUUUCCCUUUCAAAUGGCAGUGUCCGUAUAUUCCGCUCUGUCCUCUAAGUUUGGUUGAAGUAUUACAUGCACCACUUCCUUUUCUGAUCGGAGUUGACUCUCGAUUCUUCAACUUGUAUGAUCCACCUCCAGAUGUUAACUGCGUUGACUUGGACACCAAUACCGUCACAGUAUGCGAGGACAGAAGGUAUCUAACUUCCAAACUUCUGCCAAAAAAGUCUGCAAGAAUACUACGAGCGAACUUGGAACAAUCAUACAGGAACCUUAGUGCUUUGUUGUAUGGUCGCAAGAACAGCACAUACCAUGUUGAUGAAAAUGUUAGUGAAAAUAGUAUCGACAAAGACUUUCAAUCCAAACGUAAGGAGCUGAGUCUUGAAUUAGAAAUCCAAGAAGCGUUUCUAAGAUUCAUGGCCAUGAUUCUGAAAGGUUACCGUUCUUAUCUACUUCCAAUCGUCAAAGCACCCACUGUUGGAGCCACUGAUACAAACUCCUUGUUUGAUUUACAAGGUUUUCUAAAAUCAAGAGACAAGGCGCACAGCAAAUUCUACAAUAAUAUGGUCCGAACGCAGAUGUUUAUUCGCUUCAUUGAGGAAAGAUCUUUCGUAUCGGACAUGGAUGCAGGGCUUGCGUUUUUUGAUGAGUGCACGGAGAAAGUGGAUCAAGAUAGUGGUGACUCUAAGCUAAUAGAACUAGAUGACUCACAUCAAAGUGAAAGGACUGUGUUUAUUAUGCCACCAGAACCUACAGGGCUUCCGAAAGAUGUCACUUAUUCGUACCCAAAUGGCUUUGUCCUCGACAAAUCCCUCUAUAAAGUCAAAGAGGUCAAAAAUCACCUGAGUGCUGAUCACAAAAGUAUGGCUGCCAUGCCAGGUAGCCCUAUGGCACGGCGAACGAAGUAUGAAAUUAAGUUGGCGCAGAAGCUAGCCAGAAAGUAUGCUGAACAUCCUGAUUUAUGGGCAAAGUGUCUCCUAACAACUUGUUACAGUGUUUGGUUCAUACACUUACCCAGCUUUGCUUUAAAUGUUGAGUCGAAAGCAGCAACUAUCUUGCUUUCUGCAUACGACCUGUUGGUGAAAAUCCAGAAAACUGGCUUGCAGCCCACAGAUGAGGUUUGUUAUCGAGUCAUGAUGCAGUUGUGUGGUGUUCAUAGUCAGCCAGUUUUGGCAGUCAAGUUACUGACUUUAAUGAAGCGAAGUGGUAUCCAGCCAAACGCCAUCACUUAUGGUUUCUACAACCGAGCAGUUCUAGAAGCUCAGUGGCCCUCUGGCAUGAGCAACUCAAGCCAGAUCUUGUGGAAUAAACUUAGAAAUGUUGUCAUUGGUGCUGCUCAAUUCAAACAUGCGGGUAAAAUGGCAAGCAAGAGGCGUUUGUCUGUCAGUGAGGAUGCAGGGUCCUCGGUUGUCGAUGUUGAUGGCGUUUCUCACACAUCCAUGGAUAGUAAUAACUCUCAGGAGUCCGCCAACUUGCUAGCAAGGAUUGCCAACCCUCUCAAUAAUGGUAUGACAACAACAAGCAGCCAGUCAGAUACUGGUUACACUAGCUCUUGUGGUGACAUUCAUGUACCAAUCAAAGAAAGUGAUCAGACUGAGCCUGACAUUAGCGAGGGCUGUCUCAUUGAUUUGGACCCCGCUACUAUUGACCAUCCCUUGGCCGCGGAAACUGAGACCCUCGUAACGGUUAACCGACCCGAUUACUCAUCUGAUGCUCUCGAUGCUGGCAGCCGUUCCAUUGUUGCCCCUUCAGACAGUAUUGCGUUUGAUAAGUUUAGAUCUCGAAUUGGCAGCAUAGUACGCACCUCGAACCUACCUUUAGUGUGUCCUAGAACUGCCAUCAAACAAGAGUCAUUCAAAAGCAGUGCAGGUCUUUUGAUGACAGGUGGUGCUUCUCUUUCUAUCGCCGAGGAAUCUCAAGAUUUAUGGGACUUGGAACAAUUUGAUGCUAUUUUAAACACUCCCCCACCAUUUGCCAGGCCUUGCUCGAGGAAAGCUCGCAGUGGAUCCUGUACAGAAUUCUCAUUUUCAAACAUGUCACCUAGUUCUACUCACCGACGAAACACUCCCGCUCCCUCUAGUCCUAAGCACAGCCCCUAUGAUACCAGUGAUUGUUACAAACUCCUCAUCCGGUCCGAGAGUUUCGCAAAUGAUGCUCAAAUUUUAGAUAAUUUAAAACUCCUGAAACAAGAACGAGUGGGCUACAAGUCAAACUUAAGUAAUGGUGACUCCGUUUCAAUGGUCGCACAGAAAAACCUGCGCAAUAAACAUGAGACGUGCUCAAAGUCACUUUUCAACAAACACCUUAACCCUAGCUUGAAGCAACUUGACGAACAUCCUAACUCUAAAAGUGUAGAUUCCUCAAUUGAAAAUUUAGGCAACAUUUCAAAUUUUGGAAGUGAAGAUGAUGUGAAUGUGCGCACUCCAAAAAGUAAAAAUGCAGUUUUAAGCAAUUUAGAAAACAAAUUGAAUAAAUUUAAACCUGAUGAAUGGACAAGAAGGCAAUCUGUAAGCUCAAUCAACGAAGAAAAGCUGGAAACUAGUAAUGACUCCCUUAAUCUUAGUUUCAAUAGCUCGCCCAUCAAGAGCCCCAUUCGAACACCUGUGACAGAAAAUGACCCACUUGGAGCUUUGUCUCCCACUGAAGAGGAAAACAAAACACUGAGUGAAAAAACCACAGAGAAACGGGAAAUGCCACGUGUCUCUUCAAAGAUAGAGCUCGACGAGUCUGGGGCGCCUGUGUUAUUCGACCGACGGAAAGGCGAAUGGUCUAACACGACUCAAAGUGCAAUAUUUAGCACGCGUGUGGAGAGUGAUGAAGAUGGAGAUGAAGGAGAUGAAGAAUACGAGGAUGAUGUCUCCCCACUUCACAGGAAAUCCAUGCACCGAUCUUCUACAAUGCCAGUCGAUAAUAUGGAAGAACCGGCAGACGGCUCAGCAUUAAAAACAGGCUUGAGCAGCUUUAAAAUACCUUUCACUCGUUAUUCACCCUCCCGGUUCAGUCUCCGCAAAACCGAUCUGCUUUUGGGCACUCAAAUUAUUGAGAAUGCUUUCAAUAAUCUCAGUACAAGUGGCAUCUCGACCAAGAAAGCAGAAUCUAUCAUGGGAGGUCUCCACAGCCUGAAAACGUCAGUAGCAAAGAAAUUUGAUGAAAUCAAGGAGGCAAUAUCGGCCAACAGCACACCCAUCAAAACCGGCAGUUUAUCAAGAGACAGGGAUUACUAUAUGAAUGAUGACGAUUUAUUGCAAGACACUGUCAAUGAAGAAUCAUCAUUUCGAAGGAAAAUCUCCAGUGAAUUUUCACCAUUAGCCAUGUCUCAGCAAUCAGAUUAUUGGUCUAACUUCAUGGAGCUAUUUGGUGAUGGUAGCAGAAAAGGAAGCACCUCCAAUCUUCAGCCUUAUGAGGAAUCCUCCCUAUCCAACUCUCAACAAAAUCUCAUUCAAGAAAAAUUGUAUCCAAAAGUGCUGCGUGAUCCCAAAAUCCCAGUGGCUUUAGAAAUUGUCAUGACAACCUGCUCUAGGUGUCACCAUUGCGCUUCAGUAUUAUACGAUGAAGAAAUCAUGGCUGGAUGGGUCUCAGAAGAUUCAAAUUUGAAUUCCAAGUGUCAGUUUUGUGACAAGUGGACUGUUCCCUUCUUGACCCUCACAAUCAAUGAUCAUAGGGGCAAGAAAAAAAUGGUUGCUCCUGUUUCCAGUCUACUCAGUUUAACAGCAUCUGAUAAACGCUCUUCUUUAAAGCGGGAUAGUACAACCACCAUGCCUGAGUCUAUCAAUACAAGCGUAGCCUCUUUGAAUUCUGAUGUAGAUGAAGAAAUCACAUUGCCAAUCAGCUCAGAGCCUAUUUCUGUACCCUACCUGAACCCCAUUGUUCUGAGGAAAGAACUGGAGUCUAUUUUGUACGCGGAAGGGGACGUUUGUAUGACCAAGCCUAAAUUCGUUGAUGAACAUCCUAUUAUUUAUUGGAACAUGAUAUGGAUUUUUGAAAGAAUUGCCGUCCCUUCACACCUACCGGCGCUUUGUUUAAAUGCUGAGUGCGUCCUCCGAAAUCGAGAGUCCUCUGCUUUUCACGAAUCAUGGAAUGCUUGCGAUCAAAACAACGUUCUGAUUCGAACAAUGUGGGACAAUACGAGGCUUCAUGAUGAGGUUGGUCUUCCUAUGUAUGUUCUGUGGAAUCAAAAUGACGAGCAGAGUUCACUAGUGAGCGCUUUGGUGACAGAUAGGACUACUAUUCCUCGCAGUGUUAUGCAGGCUGUGAUAACAUCUGUUCAGUUGAACAAUGAUUUAGUAGAACCCCUGAAGCGUCUUGCUGUGGAGCGGCAUAAGAUCAGAGGGCGAGGUGUGAACAGAAGUCAUUCACUUUAUCGAGAAAUUUUGUUCCUGACCUGCGUAGUGUGUCAAAGAGAAAAUAUUGAUCAGAGUGUGUUUGAUCGGGAGUAUGAAUUGGCCUUCAGAAAAUUACUUGAACAGGAUUCAAAAAAAUAUUUACGUUGUGAUCAACCAAUCUCGAAAGCAGCUGUUAAAUGUAGACUGUAUUUCAAGGAACUGGAGCUCUGACACAAGUUCAACCACAAGCAAAGCUUUUUGGACAGAGGGAGGAAGCCUAGCUCCCUGAACAGGUAGCUUUGAAGUUGAAUUCUGAGAGCAGCUGUUUUAAUUCAUUAAAUUGAGGUUUUUUUCUCUCUUUCCUUUCCUUUUCUUUUUUUUUUGAAAAGUCUUUGCUCAUUUAUUGCUUUAAUUCAUCAUAUUGUUUGUAUUCGCAAAGAGAUGGAAUGUGUGAAAUGUCUUAAAGGGUCCACAGUUGCUCAUCUCUCCACAGUCCCGUCCAAUCAACAUUACUUUUAAUUUUAAAAAAAAGCUUUUGCUUAGUUGAUCAUAGUCUUUCAAAAUUGUGUAAAUAUUCUAGUGUUGAUACUAUGAGAAAACACUUUCAGUCUAAACUCAGUUUGAUUUUAAAUUUUGAAAAUUUUAAAAGUUACCAGUUGGGAAAACAAAAACAAAAGGAAAAUUUUGUCUCCAGUCGCCCUUUGAAUGACUGAUAGUUUCAAUGGAUUCUGGAAUAAUUUUUAUUUACUUUUGGCCGUUUCUCAUAAGUAAUGUUAUUGAGCCCCUCUUUAAGAUUGAACUCCUUUUUUGAAAGUUGACUUAAAGUUUUCAAUAAUGAGAGCUCGUUUUUUAUUUGUUCUUGCUUUGCUUCUUUCUUCGAACUAUCUUAGUCCAGUAUUAGCAAGACCCUAAUUUUUUCCCGAAGGAGACCUAGUAGUGACAUGAUAGACAUCUCAAGCCAAUUAUGUCUACUACUGAACUAAUUUAUCACAGCCCUAUGGUUAUUUUGUCUUAACCCAACUUUACAAGGAAAUCUUGUCUGUGUUAUUGAAUGAAGGGAGGAUAAUUUUUGGUUAAUUGACUGUUAUGUGGCCUUGACUGCUGAUUGAUUUCUCACAAGAAUAUUUUGCCUUACUCAGUCCUGAUCGAAAAUUUGUCAUGUACCUCUAUAGAUUUUUUAGGGUUUUCAUUUCAUUUUAUUUUAUUUUGAAGAAUCAGAAUUUCGAUACCUACCUCAAAAAUCAGAGAAAUGGUCACUGAAAUCAAAUUAAUCAUAAAAGUGUAACCAUUUCUCUCUGACGCUUGGGGACAUUGAUGACCUCCUAUUUUGUGAUCCUAACAAUGUCAAAGAUAUUGUUGUAGUUCAUUACUGGGCCUUUGAUUGUUGCCACAACUUUAUUGAGAAGGGGAACAUCUAAAACUGAAACAUUCAAACGAGUUUGUUUUUUCUUUCUUUCUUUCUUUCUUUUUUUUUUUUUUUUUUUUUUUUUUUUUUUUUGUAGACUCAAGAUAUAUCUGUACGUUUUUUUGUUUUUUAUCUUGAAUGGGCCAUAGCAACAAGGUAAAAAAUCGAGUUUUCAAUCGCCAAUGCUGUCUUGACACAUGACUUUUGUAGGACAAGGGGUUUGUACCAUUUUGACCUUCCUUGCUCCUGUCUCUGCUUCCAUAUUUUACAACAAGUGUGUUGGUCUGGUCCAAAAGAGGUCCCGGUGCAAUUUUCUUUUCGUUAUCCAUGAACAAAAAUAUGCCUAAUCUGUAGCGAUUUUUGUCAGUCCCUUAACAUUGAAAUUCGUCCAUUUCAAUGUAGUGUAAGAAUUAAUAUUUAUUAAGGCAGGUUGUCUAACUGAAGUCGGUGAAUUAUAAUAGAUUUAAAUUAAGGAAUAAUAGUGUCAUCAAUUUGUGAUAAUCACCUUUGUGCCCAAUGAAUUUCUGGAAAGGGUAAAAAAAAAAUCAAUUGGAAGGGAACGUUUUGGAUGUUCCUCUCAUGUAACUAUGAACUAAAUUACAAAGAAAGAUCUGGCCUUUUGCAGUUUUUCGGUGGCUUAUUUUCCUUAUUGUAGUUAUCAUAUACUUCAUGUUUUAUUUAGUUUUUCAUUUUAAUUACUACUUGUUUAAUCACCCAUUAUUCAUUUUACCUUUUAUGUUUUAUCUGUUUUCACCAUUGCAGUUCUGUGAUUUUAGAUUUUUAAAAAUCAGUAAUUUUAACCCUAAUUUUCUGUUUAUCAAGUAGUGAUGGUCUGUGAAGCAGGAGUAAUUUCCGUUGAGAGAAGGUUUAAGUCAGAAGAUAGGAAAAUUCAGUUUCUAAUGCAAAUUGCCCUCUUAUAUCAAUGGAAAGAGGGUAGGUGCUGUUUCAAUUAAGAAUUUCUCAAAACUUAAUUCUAGACGCUCUUUUCUGACAGCCACCAGGAUUUCGAAAGGGAAUGUUUCUCCUGAUCAGUUGCAUUUCUUUUUAAGUAAAAUAGAUCAUCUCAGCUCUCUGAUUUUAAUACAUAGAAAAUCAGUGUUCUAGAUUUAGGGGUUGUGUUUGUGCCAAAAUUUUAGUAUUUUCCUUCUCCAUGAAAUGGUAUCAGGAUGUAAAUCACUUUCUAAGUUCUCCUUUUCACAGAUGCCAUCACUUACACGAAGGUUAACUUUGCCGUGCUAAGGAAGAACGUCAUAUGAACAUUCGAGAGAUGCCUUUCCUUUGAUAAAAUGCUCAUACGGCGUUUUUCCUUAGCGCGGCAGAACUGGGCUCUAAUUCGUUUAAAUCAUCUCCUAACAUGAUCCAUCAAGAAGUGCACGACCUGACCAUAGCUACUCAGAAUAAACUUGAAGUAAUUAUCAAAUCGUCAAGAAAAUCAGUACUAGUUUUGAAAUUUUAGUAAACUCUGCUUUAAGGUCAAAUGCUGUAUGAACAUCAGGAUGUUGCCAAAUUUUCUUCGAUCAAACUCUAAUUUUCAAGAAAACUUGUGGAUAUUUUCUGACCAGUUUUUCAGAAAAUUUUCCUCGCAAUUCGAUUUAAAGUAUCUCAAAUUUCAAGGAGCAUUUUUUAUAAAUUAAUAUUUUACCAGAGGAAAUUCGGCAACGCCCAAAUUUUCAUACACCAUUUUUCCUCAGUACGGCAGAAUAAUAAUGCCGAGGUCAGACCUUACCGUUAAUCUCUUUUUGCAAAAUGACGUGAAGUUCCAGUGAGCGAUUUCAAGGCAACAGGAAUAGUUGCGCUGUGCAACAUUUUGAAAAUGAAAGAGCAUCAAUUCCAACUAAAUUUUACUAACUCAUUCAAAACGCUUUGAACUUAAUUUUCAUUGGCUUCAGCAUGAAAAAUUAUGAUUUCGUGCCAAAACUCCAUCAUCUUGUCGAUAAAUGUAGUCACACAUCUGUCCAAUGAAUUUUCUCACUGAAAAAUAGAAUUUUAAUUUUAGUCUGGCUAGAUUUUUAGCAUUAAGAACCCUUCAAUGAAAAUAUUCCUGUCAUCAUCACCAAAACACCGAAAAUUACUAUUUCGCUUGGAUUUUGAUUUGGCAACAUGUAUCUAAAUAGAAAUUUUCAGUACUUAAAGUCUCACAAAUUGUUAAACAAGGAUAAUUUUUCAUGCUUUUUUUGUAAGAAGGAACGCAGGGAAACCACUCUGUUUGAUUUAUCACCUCAGUUUCCUGUUUUUUUGUUUUUUUUUCUGAAGUAGCUUUUAACCGUUGGCAAUACAAUUAUUUCUGUUACCUUGAAGCUGCCCAAAUGAUUGCAGUUGAAAAGUAUCUAAAAGAAAUUAUUUCACAGUUUCAUUUUUUAAAAUGAAUGAAUUAUUUUAUCGAGUAAGCUCAAGAUAAAUGAAUGAACUUACUAUGUUAUUUGCUUUAGCAAAACGUAAAAAUUUAAUCCUCUUGUCAAUAUGUCCCCAACAUGGCUGUUAUCUCAGACCAUUAAUUACAUUAGAGGAGAAUUACGCAGAAAAUUGGGCUGUGGCAAAGAAUUAAGUUGUUCAUCACAAAAAUCUGGAAGAUAGUCAUUUCAGGACAGAUCAGAGGCAUGUUAGAAUCAGAAUUUUAGCAGCAUCCAUUCCCAAGAUCACAAUCUCAAUUUUUAUGAAUUGAAAUUUUGAAACAAUCGAGUUGUGUCCUAUCGGUGCUAAACAAAUGCUACUGUCAAUCCAUACUCUUAGAGCGGUGCAGGCUAGACCGACCAAUGGAGUUUAAAUAUUUUUAUUUCUUUAUUUUUACUCUUUAGAGGAACAGGAACCUCUAGUCUAUAACCCCUUUCAAAAUGGACCUUAUCAGCCUUGAGAGUGUAUCAUCGGUGUAGUAUUUCCCCUCACUUUGACCAUCUAGAAGGUCAAAAAUAUUUAAAUCCAGUUAUUUAUCCUCAAAGUCUGGAGUAAAUAAUAACCUUACGACUUUUUAAAUAUUGUGCUACUUCCACGGCUUCUCGCAAAUCUAAAUGUUUACAGGCCAAGUCAACAAUCUCUUUUUAGAUUUUUAGCAAAAAUUCUUUUCAGUAUGUUUUUAACUUCAGAGGCACAUUUGUUUUAAUGCAUGCUUUUGGUUCCCCUGGAUGAGAAAGGAUGGUCUUCAUGUAUUUGUAUUAUUAAAGUUUCAAUUUUUUUAAAAUUCUGGCCUAAAGAAACUUUGAUCAACUCAAUCGUUGUCUCACUUUGCAUUAUGUAGAUCUCCAAAUGGCCAUAAAAUAAAAUCGUUGUUUGACGAAAACAUUUUCUUUUGUCGUAGGCUUGUUUACCUCUGUGAUCUAACAGUCAAUAUGGAUAUUAGGAGCUGAAUAGCUCUAAUUAUUUGCAUCAAGUUUCAUUACAUGAUAAACUGUAUUUCAUCGGUGCAUUCAGUUGGUGAAUCAAUUUAUCAUUUGUAAAUCCUUUGUCUUUCAUACAGUUUUUCUUUAUAGUUUCAUCCGAGUGAAGAAUCAUAUCUGGAGUGAGUUUUGUUCUUAGUUUCAUCUGUUUUUAAAUUUAGAAUGCUUGCUAAUACAUUUAGUCAAAUUGUUUGUUAUUUUAUUCUCAUCUUAAAAUUUUUAAUUCCUUGAAUUGUCUUGAAAUGAAAAGAAAUGUUAAGACUUGCACAUGAUUUCUUUAAGAACCUUUGAGGAAUGGUGUUUCUAUCCCAUGAAUAAUUUAUGGAGUAAAUUUUUUUAUUUAAUUUUAUUUUUUUUAAAAGCUGGACCAGCAGUGUCUAUCAAUUUUAUGAAAACUAAAAGUUUGUAAGUAAAUGUUGUUAUUGGUUUCAUCCCUCAGAAAGUAUCCUUAAAUUGCGGAACACAUUGCAUAGGCUCUGUUAUUUGGAUGCAUUGGUCGAAUGCCACCAAAGGACGCAAGUGAUCAAUCUUAACUUUCUGCAUCUCAGUAAAGCAGCGAAAAAAAUAUUCAUGCUGUUUCAAAAAGAGUGAAAGGGUUCAUCAAAUGUCAAUUGGGGUCGGGUCUGGUAUUGCUGUACCUGCAAGGAAGAAUGAAAGGUAAUGUAAAAAUACGAAGGUGUGUUAGGUUAUUCAAGGAUACUUUCGGCCUGUAUUAAGAUUUAUUUUUUAGAGAAAAUAUUGAGUAUUGUAAAUCUGAUUGUAAAAAAGAAAAUACGAAAUAAAAAAUAUCUAUAUUUUGUA